UUGUUGACGCGCCGCCAUCUUAAUUUCAAAAAUGGCGUCUUGUGAAGAAGCUUACAUUUUCUUUUCUUUGUAAAUAUAAAUGAAAUACCAACCUAUUUGUAUUAAUUUGGUAGUGAAUAGUGUUUAUACCAGCACAUAACAGUUUUCUAUUGUUUAGGAGCUGUUAUGGCAACUCCCAAUAAUUACAAGACAAACACUUCAAUGUCCAUGCCAAGCCCACAAGGCAACCCGCACUACAUGAUUGCGGGGCCCCCCAUGAGUUUCGGUAUGAUGAAAGGCGGUAUGAAUGCACCGCCGCACCAUAACCAAUACCAGUACCAUCCGCAAUACCAGGGUGGUCCCCCGAUGGGUCACCCGGGGGGUUACGGAGGUUGGCAGCCUCAGGGUCCGCGUUUCGGUGCAGAGAGCGCGCGGCGCUCCGCGGGCGGCGGCGCGGCCGCGGGCUCGCAGCCCGGCAAGGACGAUAAGACGAGCCCGUUCGUAAACACGUUGCAUUCACACCCCGGGUUCCAACCGCAGAAGAUUGGGAAAGGAGCUGGAGUGGGCGCCGGGCUUCCAAAGCCACCGAAGCCUCCAGAGAAGCCGCUGAUGCCUUACAUGAGAUACUCCCGUCGUGUGUGGGACAGCGUGAAAGCCUCUCACCCUGACCUGAAGCUGUGGGAGAUAGGGAGGAUCAUUGGAGGCAUGUGGAGGGACCUCCCCGAGGCAGAUAAGGCAGGGUUUGUUGAGGAGUAUGAAGCUGAAAAGACGGAGUAUGAAAAAACACUAAAAGCCUACCACAAUUCGCCGGCUUACCUGGCGUACAUAGCGGCAAAGAAUAAGGCAGUAGUAGGUAAUUUGGAGGAGGAGAGUUCGAGCAAGAAAGGCGCUUCACAGAAGGAACAACAACAACAGGACAGAAGAAUAGAUAUCCAGCCCGCAGAAGAUGAAGAGGACCAAGACGAGGGUCUGUCAGUGAAGCACGUGGCGUACGCUCGCUACCUCCGCAACCACCGGCUGAUCAACGAGAUCUUCUCCGACACGGUGGUGCCGGAUGUCCGCUCUGUGGUCACCACCGCCAGGAUGCAGAUCUUGAAGAAACAAGUGCAAUCGCUGACGAUGCACCAGAAGAAGCUGGAGGACGAGUUGCAGCAGAUCGAGGAGAAGUUUGAGAACAAGAAGCGGAAGUUCAUUGAGAGCAGCGAGACAUUCCAAGAGGAACUAAAGAAGCACUGCAAGCCGGCGGUGGAUGAGGAGACGUUCGGGCGCAUGGUGGAGCGCGCGCUGGAGCAGAUGCGGCGCGGGGGGGCGCCCGCGCCCGCGCCCGCGCCCGCCGGCAGGAGGGACGAGCCAAUGGACCAAGACCAGAAUCCGAUCAAAACAGAGACGAACGGACCCAACCCGCCAACGCAAGUGGACAAGGUGUCCACCACGGAAGUGAAGCCGGACGGCAACGUCACCACCGAGUUGAACAAACCGGAAGUAGAGGUCAAGAAGGAGGAGAAUGGUACCAAUGGGCCGGAGAGCGAAGGAGCCGUAAAAGAAGAGAAGCCGGAGAAACCGGAGCCCCGGGAGCCCCCCGCGGCGCCCCCCGCACCCCACAUGGCGUCCCCGCCGCAUCACCCCAUGAUGAUGCCCGCCCCAGCGCCACAUGGCGGCCCGCCUCCGCCUCCAGGCGCGUACGGGUCGUACGGCGGGCGGUACUACGGCGGGUACGCGGGGGGCUUCCCCGGAGGGUACCCCCACUACUACCCCGCGCCGGAACACUUCGCGCACCCCCACCACGCGCACCCGCCGCCACAUGACGUGAAGCCGGAAGAGCCGCCGGCCAAGAAAGAGAGCGAAUGAUUAUCGCCGAAGCGCGUCGUGAAACGGCGUCGCAAGUCCUCGCCGAAGGACAAUCAGUGAACGAUUCACUGUUCUCAAUAAAACAGGCCUAGGCUAGACUUAGAAAUAGAUUUUCUAAAUAGAGGAUACAAGAUAUCACUUAAUGUGAGGAUAACGUUAUAGGAAUGGUUAAUUUAAUAUAGAAAUUUAUUGUUAACUUUUCUCAAUUUAAAUAUUUUUUAAAUGUUGACUUUCUAUUUAUGUGACAAAUUGUUGUAUACAAUAAGUGGUCAUUAGCGUAGUGACAUGGAUUUUUUCUUGUGAACUUGACGUAUUGAGUUCUAGCCUCGGUCAGAUCAAAAUGGAAAAUGAUCUUUAACACAUUGGCCAGGUCUAAGAUGUUUUUUUUUUAUAAUUUCCUAAUAUAGUUUGAGUAGAACCACAAGGUUUAACUACUUUUACUGACUAGUGAUGGGUGAUUUGUCCUUAUAUUUUUAUACACCUACGUUCUCUAGCAUUUUUUGCGUUAUUAUAAAACUAGUCUAGGCCUGUUUAGUAAAUACUAAGCCCAGAAUUUGGGUAUUUUUUGAGGUGUCAGCCAAAACCAAUAUUGUUUUGGACUGCCAUUGGACCUCAGUGACAAGUGAAUAUUAUUAAAUAUGACAUUAUAGUAUGUAAAUUCCAUUCAUAUUUUGUAUAACCGAUUUAUGAGUUGAUUUAAUUAUUAGUUGUAUGAAUGAUGUAUGGAUAUAAAUAUAAUUAUAUGAAUCA